UUGGUCCGCAGCAGCUACGGAAAGCGUGACCUUCGCGCCGCGCCUACUCACCAACCGAUUUGCUUUGCUUCUAGUUCUCGAGGCCGGUUAUUACUUUUCUCCUGUUAUUGGGUUAUGGGCGUGUUUACGUCAGGCACAGGCUCUCUCCGACUGGUGGGCUGACGGUGGCAGGAAAUAUUCAAUAAACAUAACCACGGAGUUUGACACUUCUAAACAAAGUCCGUGGCGCUCCGCAUGUCAGCCAUGAAAAGUUUCAAAAAUCGGUUGAUGAGACAGGAGGUGACAAUCGACCAUAAGGACUGGACCAAGUAUGAUGAAAGGCUGCUGAAGGCGGUGGAGAGCGGGGAGCUGGACAAACUCACUGCCACCCUGGCCAAGAAGGGCGUGGUGCCCACCAAACUCAACCCUCAAGGCCAUUCCGCGUUUCAUGAAGCUGCAGAGAGAGGAGAUGACAGGAUCCUCAGUGUCCUCCUGUCUCAUGGAGCUGAGGCCCGCGCCACCAAUGGAUGCGGGAAGACCGCCCUUCACCUUUCUGCCAAGGCUGGACACACACUUUGCAUGCAGAGGCUACUUCAGAGCAACUGUCCAAUUGAUGCAACGGACCUGCAAGGAAGAACAGCCGUCCAUGAUGCAGUAUUAGCAGGAAGUUCCCCUGGUGUUAAGCUCCUGUGUAGUCGGGGUGCGUCAGUCAAUGCUGUGGACAUGGAUGGGUGCACGCCUCUGAUGCUGGCUGCCAUUCGGGGUCUGGCAGGUGUGUGUCAUGUGCUCCUGGAUGCUGGAGCGUCCCUAAACCACCGAGACAAGCAGAACAAGACUCCUCUGAUCCGAGGCAGUGAGGGUGGCAGUAAGGAGGUGGUGGAGGUGCUGCUGAAAGCGGGGGCGGAGGUCAUGGCCCAGGAUGCCUUGGGGCACGAUGCCCUGCACUACGCACGCCUCAAACAGGACCAGCACAUCGUCAUCCUCCUCAAGGGAGCCAUUGACACCACCUUCAGAGCCAAAGAGGUGGAGAGGAGUUCCCAGAGAUCUCAUCAGGCUAAGCUGCCUCCAUCGGGUGUGGAGUGGGCAAGUGGAGGAGGAGGAGUGGAAAUAAUGAAGGAGAGAGUACACGCAGCAGAUCUUCAUGCUGCCAAAGGAGGCCCCGUCGCCAUGCCCGUCGCCAUGCACAGGCCGCCCGUCCGCCCUGGGGAGGCGUUUGUCGGGGAGGUGGAGGCUCUGCGGAGGGAGCUGAGGGAGGUGCGGAGGAGACAGGAGUUGGCAGAGGAGGAGGCCCUGAAGCUGCGCGCCCUACUCUCCCAGAGGGAGGCCCAGCACGAGGAGCAGAGGAGGGGUGGCGAGCGGGCCCUGAAGGACGCACACGCACGCUCCUGGCAGCUGGAGGAGGCUCUACGGGAGGUGCAGAGGAGGAUGGUGGGCUCGGAGUCGCGCGUGCGGCAGAUGCAGGCCCACCUGAUGUCCGUGAGGGAGAACCUGGUGGAGGAGCUGAGGGUGCAGCUGCACGAGGCCAAGGUGCAGCGGGAGCAGGCGCAGGGGGAGGUGGUGCGGCUCCACAGAGAGCUGAGCAUGAGCAGGAGACGCGGGGACGAGCACCGGUCCAGGGAGGAGCAGCUGGCCGGGGAGGUGCAAAGGCUGAGGCAGCACCUGCACCGCGUGGACAGGGAGAGGCAGGAGGUCGGCGCGAGGUUGGAGCAGGCUGAGGCCAGCCUGAGGGGGCAGAGGGACGGCAGGGAGAAGGAGAGCAGUGUGGACCUGGACGCCACCAAGAGGCUCCUGUCAGACGCCGUGGGUCGGCAGAUCAUCAUGCUGAGGCAGGACCAGGACAGCUUGAUCUACGGGGAGUCAGAACAGCCAAACUUGGAGACCUCGACCCAGGCACAGGGACAGACACAGACACACGGCAGGGCACCAAUGACCAGUCAAAGGAGCCAAGAUAACACACCGAGCAGCACCGCUCCUAAUUCUCCCCAUGUGGAGGGCACACGACCAGGAAGGGCCACAGAACAAGAGCCCGGCACUGUCUACUCUGCAAACGCCGACAAAGAGAUCCUAAGCAACAACACAGUGGUCAUGGAGCCCGUUGUGAUGGGAGGUUCACCUCCUCCUCCCAAAGGAGACUUUGUCCCCCGUGAGGAGCACCUGGCGCUGGCCAGCACCCUGACUUCGACGGUGGAGGAGGCCGAGACGAGAGCGAAGGAGGCUCUGACGCAGUACAGGGGUGCGCGGGAGGAGGCAGACUGCCUCCUCAGGGAGCUUCAGGAGCAGAGAGCCGAGUUGGACACCCUGCAGGAGGCACUGCAGGCCCGCUUCGUCCCCCUGGACACCUUCGAGGAGAAGGAGAUGCAGCUGGCUCGGCUCAGGCAGGCAUUGCAGGAGAAACAGAAGGAAAUGGGAACAGUUCAGGAGAUGGAGAAGGAGCUUGUUGGCCUCAGGGUGUUGCUGCAGGAGAAGGACCAGGCUUUGAAGGAACAAAAGCAAAAGCAGGAGGCUGCACUUUUAGACAAGGACAAAGAGAUUGCUCAUUUGAAGGAGUUGCUGCAAGGCAAGGAGACGGAGGUGGCGGAGGAGAAGCAGAGGGAGAAAGCUGCACUCGAGCAGAGAGAGAAGGAGGUGGCUGAGCUCAAACAAACGAUCAAAGACAUGGAGAAAGAGAUGCAAGAAUAUAAAGAAAAGGUAUCGUCAUCGUCGCUCAGCAAACAGAAGGAGAUCGAUCAGCUCAGGUUGGCCUUGAAGGACAAAGACCAAGUUGCACUCACAGAGCAAAAGCAAGCAAAGGAUGCACUCGUGGAGAAGGAGAGCGAGCUGGCCAAGCUCCAGGAGCAAUUACUGGAGACAGUCAAGGAGCAGCAGAGGACAAACACCUCACUUGAGGAGAAGGAGAAGGAGCUUAGUCAUCUCAGAGACCUGUUGCAGGAGAGGAACCAGAGUGCACUUGAGGAGAUGCAGAAGGAGAAGCGAACCGUUGGGGCGAUGGAGAAAGAGCUUGUUAACCUCAGAAGGCUGCUGCAGGAGAAGGACCAGACCUUGAUGGACCAAAAGCGAAAGCAGGAAGCUGUGAUACAGGAUAAGGAGAAGGAGGUUGCUCGUCUCAGGGACACUUUGCAAGAGAGGGAGCAGGCGGCAUUGGAGGAGAGGCAGAAAGAGAAGGCCUUACUAGAGAAGACAGAGAAAGAGCUCGCUGAUCUUAGGGAGGUGCUGAAGGCAAAGGAGCAGGCUGUGCAGGAAGGGAAGGAGCAAGACCUGAGGACCAUCGGCGAGAAUGAGAAAGAGCUGGCACAGGUGAAGAGAACCUUGGAAGAAAUGCGGCGGGCUGUGGAGGAUAAGGCCAAAGGGAAGGAGGUGGCGAUGGAGGAGAAGGAGAGGGAGCUGACUGAGCUGAGAGAAGCUCUUCAGAAGAGCGAGGCUGCUGCCCUGGUUGAGAAAAAGAAGGACAGAGCUGCACUGGAUACCAUGGCGACGGAGCUGAACCACCUCAGAGCCUGUCUUCAGGAGAGAGAGACUACUGUGCUUGAAAAGGGGAAGGAGCUCGAACAACUCAAGCAAGCAGUUCAGAAGAGAGACAUGACCUCCGUGGAGAGAGAAAAUCAGCUAUCCCAACUCAAAGAAGCAGCGAAGAAGAGCGAGAAGUCCGCCCUGGAGAAAGAGAAAGAGUUGUCCAUGCUCAAAGCAGGAGUGCAGGAGAGAGACUCGGCCGCUGUCACGACAGCAAAGAAGCUAGAUCAGCUCAGACAAGAGCUUCAAGAAAGAGAGAAAGCUGUUUUGGAAAGGGACAAUGAUCUGGAAGAACUCAAGCAAGAACUUCAAGAAAGAGAGAAAGCCGUUUUGGAAAGGGACAAUGAUCUGGAAGAACUCAAGCAAGAACUUCAAGAAAGAGAGAAAGCUGUUUUGGAAAGGGACAAUGAUGUGGAAGAACUCAGGCAAGAACUUCAGAAAGCAGAAAUGACUGCCCUGGAGAAAGAAAGGGAGCUGGAGGACCUCAGACAGUCUCUCCAGGAAGUGGAAAGAGACCAGCAGAACCAGGGCUCAAAGCUGAAGGAGGAGUGGGAGAGAGAGACAGCAUGCAGCUACAUGGCGGCCACCCAUGCCUCCCUGCCAGACGCAGGAGCAGCAGCAGCAGCAGCAUGUGUGCCCAGGGAUCAGGAGCCGCUGGCUGGCUUGGGCUUGCCCAGCGCUGGGGAGGGGGCCCAUGGAGACCUGACCAGCCUCCAGGCCAAGGUCCACAGCCUUAGGCAGCAGCUGGAGGAGUCUGAGAGGCACCAUAGAGAGGUCCUGGACAUGUACCGGACGCGCCUGCUGAAUGCCGCCCAGGGGUACAUGGAUGAAGAUGCGCGUGCUGCCCUGCUCCAGAUUGCUGUGAUGAGGCGAGAGCGUGUGUGCUGAGUUCAACACAAUGGCAUGACAGGCACUGUAACUUUCACCAUCUGACUGGCAGAGAGAGAGAGAGAGAGAAA